AUGGCCCCGUACCUUGAAACAGUCAAGUCUUUCGCAGAUGUUCCGGUCACCGAAGCUGGUGUUGACACUGUCACGUUCCUCGAAGCCUCCGAUGGCCUUGUGGGACUAUUCGAUCUCCUUGGAUCAGCGGCAUUCUCGGUUGUUCAGGCUGACAUUAAGGGAAACAUCACAAAAGUCAGGGCUCGAUAUGAUGCUGCACCCACCCUUUCAACGACCUUGGAAUUGCUCGUCGAGAAUGAGAAAGGCGAGAAGAAACGUGUUGCCACAGAAGGUCUCCUCUGGCUCCUAAGAGGACUCUCCUUCACCUGUAAAGCUCUCCAAAAUGCUCAGGCAAACAAAACGGAAGAGCUCGCCGCGGCCUUCAUCAAGGCUUAUGAAAUUACACUGAAGAAAUUCCACAACUUCGUUGUCAAAGGCGUCUUCUCGGUUGCAAUGAAGGCAUGCCCAUACCGCGCCGACUUUUACACCAAGCUCGCUGCCGACCCUUCUGGCGGCCCUCCGGCCAGCCAGGACAAGCUCAACGAGGAGUUAGACAGAUGGCUGGAGGCCCUCAGCGCUAUUGUCGCUAAGGAGGAGGCCUUCUACGAGGCGGGGGGUCAUGCCAAAGGCUUUUAG